GUCACAAGAGCAAGUACGACAGAAACUUGGUCGUCCUUUGGAACUACUGCGAGGAUGGUAAUGAAAGCCGUUUGCGUGCUGAAAGGAGCUGGAGAGACCACCGGGGUCGUUUAUUUUGAGCAGGAGAACGAUUCAGCCCCUGUGAAGCUGACAGGAGAAAUUAAAGGACUUACGCCUGGUGAUCAUGGUUUCCAUGUCCAUGCUUUUGGAGACAAUACAAACGGGUGCAUCAGUGCGGGCCCUCAUUACAAUCCCAACAACAAGAAUCAUGCAGGUCCUACUGAUGCAGACAGGCAUGUUGGAGACCUGGGGAAUGUGAGCGCAGGAUCAGAUAAUGUUGCCAAGAUAGACAUCACGGACAAGAUGCUCACCCUCACUGGCCCCUUGUCAAUCAUUGGCAGAACCAUGGUGAUCCACGAGAAGGCCGAUGACCUGGGAAGAGGAGGCAACGAGGAGAGUUUAAAGACGGGCAACGCCGGUGGUCGUCUGGCCUGUGGAGUCAUUGGCAUCGCCCAGUAGACAAUCUGCCAGAACAUGGAGCACUGGAAACUACUUUUCCCCCACAGCACUUAAUAAGACCAACCUAGCUACUUGAUGUGACAGUUUGUCGUUUUCACAACUCUUGCUUUUUAUUGACUAGUCAAGAGAGUAGAUGAGUUGAUGCUUUACCCUGUCUGUUCUUCAUGACAAUUGUAUGUAUGGGUUUAUAUGUCUGCUGUUUAGUUUUGGUCCCAAAGAAUUGGUAACGCACAAGUAAUAAACAGAUCUAUACAGUUUGCAAAGUUAA